UACAGAGCCGUUACUUACCCAGAACUUGAUCUCACCCUCAAGGAGUUCAUGCUGAUUUAUCAGCAUAAGACAGUUUUAAACAAUGCUUUACUUAUCGAAAAGGCAAGAGCACUUGCUGAUAGUUUGGAAAUUCCUCAAGGAGCCUUAAACUUCUCCUCUAGCUAG